UAAUAAUAAUAAUAUCAAGUUGCAAUAUAAAUUACAACAAGCAUACAUAAUAUUACAACAAUUAUAAAAUUUCAAGUGUUUGAUAUAUUUUUCGUUACAACAAAUAGAUUUAUUUAGAAAAUAAAAAUGAAUAGAAUAGUUAGAAGUUUGAGAAGCAAAGAGACUCGUGAUUAUAUCAUGAGCACACAUUUUUGGGGACCAGUUGCUAAUUGGGGUAUUCCAAUAGCAGCAAUUGCUGAUAUUCGUCGUGAUCCAAAUUUUAUCAGUGGAAAAAUGACAAUUGCACUUUGUCUUUAUUCAGCAAUGUUUAUGCGUUUUGCUAUAAAAGUUGAGCCAAGAAAUCUUUUGCUUUUUGCAUGUCAUUUAACAAAUGAAGGAGCACAAUUGACCCAGGGCUAUCGUUUUAUAAAUCAUCAUUAUCUUGGUGGUAAAAAACAGGGUCAAGAUGAGACUGAUUAAUACAACUAUUCAACAAUUUCAAUAAUAUCAAAAGCUGAAUCUUGUUACAUGUACAAUUUAACUGAACAACUUUAAUAAUUACUUCAUAUAAAUUAAUUUUUCAAAAUAUUAUUAUUAUCAUUGUUAUGUAGAUAUUGUGAGUAAUUAAAUUCUCUACAAGAAAAAAAAAAAAAAAA